GGCGGGUCUUCCGGAGCCCCUCCCUGGCCCCUCUUGCCUCCUCCGGCUUUGCUAGUACCUCUAAAUCGGACCAUCAGAACUUGGCAGAAUGCAAAAGGAUUCCUUCCGAUCUCUUGGAGGCUUCAUGAGAGCCCAGAUGGAUGAGCAAGACUCAGUUGGCCCUGAAGCAGGAAGAGGCCCUGCCCUCCAAACUGGGAGCAGUGGGAGAUUAUGGGAAAACUCAGUGCAGAAAAUCCCGGGUGAGGAGGACACCCUCUGCUCAGAGGUGCAGAGCCAGCAGUUGACACAGUUCUGCUCCCAGGAGGCCAAAGGACCCCGAGAGGCUUGCGGCCGACUCCACUACCUCAACUGUCGGUGGCUGAAGCCAGAAAGUCAUACGAAAGCUCAGGUGCUGGACCUGGUGAUCUUGGAGCAGUUCCUGGCUGUCCUUCCGCUGGAGAUGGAGAGCUGGGUGAGGGAAUGUGGAGCAGAGACCAGUUCCCAGGCUGUAGCCCUGGCUGAAGGUUUCCUCCUGAGUCAGGCAGAGGAGAGAAAGCAAGCAGAGCAGCAGGAAAAGGAUCUCUUUGCGGAAAUGGGCCUGGAUUCCUGUGAGGCAGAAAAGACUCCGUUGGACGCCAGAGGGAGGCCACUGGGUGAGAGAUGGAUGCCCCCCAGACCUCCUCAUCCAUCUUUUCAUGAGAACGGAGGAGAAGCAGCAGCUGUGGAAACAGAUCUGGGUCCUCUGUGCUUUGAAGAUGUCGCUGUGUAUUUCACAGAGGAGGAGUGGGCGUUGCUGGAUCCUGACCAGAGAGCUCUGCAUAAGGAAGUCAUGGAGGAGAAUCGUAGGAUUGUGGACUCUCUCAGUGGAGAUGGAUUGGAAAUUAUGAACAAGGGAAACCGUGACAACAUUCACACAGUGGGGAAGUUGUAUAAAUAUUUGGAGUGUGGAGAGAGUUAUAGUCUGAGCUCCCAUUCUACUUCCCAUAAAAUAUAUCCUAUUGGGAAAAAUCGUUAUCGGUACUUGGAAGAUGGUAAGACGUUUCGUCAGAAGACAUUUCUCACUUUCCCUAAAAGAACUCACAGCAGGGAGAAACCCCAUCAGUGUUUGAAAUGUGGGAAGAGCUUCACUUGCAAGAAUAGUCUCACUUUCCAUAAAAGAAUUCAUACAGGGGAGAAACCCUAUAAGUGCUUGGAAUGUGGAAAAAGCUUUAGUCGGAAGGAUACCCUUACUUCACAUGAAAGAAUUCACAGAGUGGGGAAACCAUAUAAAUGCUUGGAAUGUGGAAGGGGGUUCAUUAAGGGCUGCCAGCUCACUUCCCAUCAAACAAUUCACACUGGGGAGAAACCCCAUCAAUGCUUAAAAUGUGGGAAGAGCUUCACUCGCAAGAAUAGUCUCACUUCCCAUCAAAGAAUUCAUACAGGGGAGAAACCCCAUCAGUGCUUGGAAUGUGGGAAGAGCUUCAGUAGGAAGAGACGUCUCACUUGCCAUGAAAGAAGUCAUACAAGGUAUGAACCCUAUAAAUGCUUGGCGUGUGGAAAGAGCUUCAAUCGGAGGUCCUUUCUCACUUCCCAUCAGAGAAUUCAUACAGGGGAGAAACCAUAUCAGUGCUUGGAAUGUGGAAAGAGCUUCAGUCACAGGCAAGGUCUCACUUCCCAUCAAAGAAUUCAUACAGGGGAGAAACUCUAUCAAUGCUUGGAAUGUGGAAAGAGCUUCAGUCACAGGCAAGGUCUUACUUCCCAUCAAAGAAUUCAUACAGGGGAGAAGCCAUAUCAGUGCUUGGAAUGUGGAAAGAACUUCAGUCGGAAGGGACAUCUUACUUCCCAUCAAACAGUUCACCGUGAGGAGAGCCCAUAUCAAUACUUGGAAUGUGGAAUGAGCUUCAAGUGCUUUUCAAGUGAGAAAAGUCUCACUUUCCAUCAAGGAACUCACAGCAGGGAGAAUCAUGGUAUUUGA